AUGACACAAAUACCGCCCCCAGGGGGACAUCAUCAAGCGGAUCCGAAUAAAAAAAUCCUACACCGCAUCGAAGACAUCGUCCACUCCGACGCCGACACCUUCCCAGAAUUCUCGAAUCGCGAUGGGUCCAAAGAAUCGUUGGAUUCCAAACACUGGCAAUUGAUAAUGGUCCGAGUACCUGAUCAUCCAAAUGAAACCCAUAUUAAGAUGAUAAACGAGGCGAUUAGCAACGAAAUGCGUGCCACGUGGAAGACUCCGCCCACUUCUUUCGCCUACGUCUCCGCGCCGCACAUUCCAAUUCUUCAGUUGGCUCAUGGAGUGGCAAAGAAGCAUUUCGGGGAUAAGACGGCGUUGAGAUCAAGCUUUUUCUUCGCGGAGCCCAAGAAUGAUAAGUUCAUGAUUGCCAAAGACGCGGAGCUCAAAAAUCUGAAAUACGAGGUAAUCCUAGGUGCAAGCCGAUUCACCUGGGCCAAGCCAGAGACCCAAGCGGACAUGGUGAAGCGUGUUGAAUCGACACUUAUGGAAUUGAUGCGCGUGCUUCCAAAUCUCGUCUUGUUUCUCGGUCCCAUCGCAUUUGACGUUCUCUACGAGAGGCUGGAAAAACAAAAGAGAAAAUCGAUAAACACGCAGAAGCCAGGAGUGAUUGUGGAAAAUUUCAAACGGGACAACAAUCAAUGGAAACGAAUUCAGAAGCAUAGAGCGACGUCGAUAUCCGUUCCGUUGUGUUAG